CUGGAGGAGGAACAGGAAGUGACAUAAGGGCUGGAGGAGGAACAGGAAGUGACAUAAGGGCUGGAGGAGAGGUAGACUUCACAGGCAGUGGUGGGAAUGCUGGGAAAGAAAUCCAAAGAGAGAAAGAAGGACAAAAGAGAAGAGGAAAACAAAAAAGGUUGAGAGUGAAGAGUGAGAUGGAGGAUGGCGGUGACAUCAUGAACGAGAAGAGGAGCAGUCUUGAAGAGUUGGUUGUUCUCAAAGUGGAGGAUCCUCUUCAAGGUGAAGGAACCCAGUCUCCCGCCAGUUCUGAGUCCCCAGGGGGAGCUGACCUCCAGGUGUAUCUCCUUGAGGAUCAUGACAACUUAUGUAACGGGAUUUUCUGCUGUGAUGCCACAAGUGUCAAGAAUGUGCUGAAGAUGGAAAUCCCCACAUCCCUUAAUGAGUCUACUGCUCAGUCUACUGCUGUGGCUGCCGACAGUCAGCUAAGUGACGGAGUGAAACGUAACAGAAGUCGCUCCUCUCUGCCGGCCUUUUACCCCCAAACAAAGAUCAGUCAAGACGCUCUAGCUGAGGUCAAGGUAGCCUUAACUAAAAUGGAAGGUUUACCAGACAGUGGAUGGGUCCUUCUGGAUCCCGUGACGGGUCAUUUUUGUGUCAAAGCUGACCUGGACUCAGUGACGGCUGUAAUGGGAAGAGAGGGACGAGGUGACGCUCCUGAUGGACCCGGUGCCGACCUGGGCGUGAGCUGCACACAAUCUGUGGGGAUGGGUGUCCAAAUGACCACAAACAGCAACACACAAACGGAAGCUCAAAUAACGGUCACCAUGAGUGAUGACGAGGUUAAUCUGAACUCCACAGCUGCUGAUGGUGUGGAGCCAAACAGAGUUCUCACAAGAAGCAGCAAAGCUAAUCGAGCCAACAGCAGCAGUGCAAAAACCACUGAAACAAAUGAUGUUCACAGUCAGAGAGGAUGCACUACUAGAAGCAAUGGGAAUAGAGUAGCACCUAGAAUUGAUGAAUGUGUUGAAAAAAGUGCCAAUACAGCGAGUUGCCCUAGUGGUCCACCAGCACCAAUGAGAGCGGUUCAUACUGACAGUCUUAGUGAUCCACCAAUGAGAGCGGUUCAUACUGACAGUCUUAGUGAUCCACCAAUAAGAGAGGUUCAUACUGACCGUGGGAAAGGUAAUGACAGACUGUCCAAAGAAGCAUGUCAGGAUAUCAGUGGUAAAGUCCAACAGGCAAAAGCCAAAAAGGACCACACCAUCAAUGUCCAGGCCAGUGAAGCCAGCACUAGCAACAACAGUCCUGUUGAAAGUGAUCAAGCCAACUUCAGCGCCGUUGAAAAGGAUCGUAAACACUGUCCCUUCAUUGAGGCUAAGGUCUACAGGGCAGGACACUUCAUUAUCAGCCAAGGCAGUUUGACCAAUAGAAAAAAAGAGGUCACCAAGAAAAGCAAUGGGCAGAUUUACACAGCUAGAGUGGAAGUAUGUGAUACUAGUGAACAAGGUUUCAAAGUAAAAGAGGAACAUCAAGGCAAGCAAACAGUCUUUCAAUGUCAGCACUGUGCCAAGACGUUCCCCACCUUAAAAAGCAUGCAAAAGCAUUGGAAAUAUCACUCUCCAAACAAAACGCACAUUUGCUCUCAUUGUGGGAAGGGGUAUGUAUAUAAAUGUCAUCUGAAAAUCCAUAUGCAGUCGCACACGAGAGAGAGGCCACAUCAGUGCAAACAGUGUGGGAAGAGGUUCAUAUACCGCUCCAAUCUGAAGUCUCACCUGGUGUAUCACACUGGAGAAAAGCCACAUGUCUGCCUGCAGUGUGGAAUGGCCUUCAGUCGUCACGGCUAUCUGAUCAACCAUGUCACCAUCCACUCUGGCCUGAGACCUUACGGCUGCUUGGAUUGUGGAAAGAAGUUUACCACAAAAGGAGGUUUGAAAAGGCACGAGGGGAUUCAUCUAAAAAAGAAAACAAAUGGUUGAUUUAAAGGCUGUGGUUCUCAGACUUUUCUGUCAUUCCCCACAUUGAACAAGGGGGCCUUUUCAAGCCCCACCUGUCCCUCAUCGCUCCUUCUCUGCGCCCCACCUGUCCCUCAUCGCUCCUUUUCUGCGCCCCAGCAGUUGGGCUGGCCCCACACUUUGAGAAACGCUGAUUUAAGGUCAAAUAAGCAGUGAUUUUAAAGGUGCACUGUGUAGGGUUUAGAGACAUCUAGUGGUGAGAUUGCAGCCAUCUGAAUACCCCUCCUUUUUCAAGUGUUUGUAUGAUAAC